AAUUGGAGAGGUUAUUCUCGCCCUUUGGCUUAAUUGAACAAGUAAGGCUUGUCAAAGAUCCUAGGACCCAACGGCCAAAAGGUUUCGGUUUUGUCAAAUUUGUGCGUGAAAUAGAUGCUAAAAAUGCACUCAAGGCUAUGAAUGGCAGGGUAUUGUCGGCUGUAGCUACGUGUUGUUAUACUCCAUGUGUGAUGUUUGUUGCACUUCACCACCAUUUGAAUUGAAUUCUUAGAUUCUAGCCGAUAGUGAAUAGCAGGUUGAUUUUUGUGGAAUUAGCAGAAGCUACAAAUCCCGGGGAGUCAUCUUCCUGAAUGCAUAAUAAUUUCCUUGGCGCAGAAUUUGAGACAAAUAUGUUGACAUAGAUACGUGAAUCAGCAUGGGAGAAUUCUUGGCAUUUUCUCAGUCGGCUCUGCUGUUAUUACCCACAUCUCCACUCCGCUCUUCAAGGAAACAUCAUCUUCUCACCAGUUGCAGCCGGUCAUCACUAUCAGUAACUACACCUGUUGCUCACCUGUCAAAAAAGCAUAGUAUGUUUCCCACUUCUCAUGGUGGGCGAAACCAAUGUUCUUGGAGGACUGUAGCUGGACUCGUCUCGGACUCCAAGGUGCCUACUACCUUUACAGUUGAUUCAGCUGGGGAAGGCAUUGAUAUUCUACCAGACUCUGGGGGUUCUGACAACAUCAUUGGUGGAGCUGGUGGCAACGGUGGUGGUGGAGGUGGAGGUGGAAAUGAUGGUAAUAACGGAGGCGAAGGAAAUGAAGAUGAGAGCCAUGAGAAAAGGAGAGGCAUGUCGAUGUCCCAGAAACUUACACUAGGCUACGCUGCCUUGGUUGGAAUCGGUGGAGCAAUGGGAUAUCUCAAGGGUGGAAGCCAGAAGUCACUAAUCGCGGGUGGAGUGUCAGCAUCAGUACUGGUUUUCGUGUACACCAUGCUCCCGACAAACCCUUUUCUGGCAUCUUCAGUCGGUCUUCUUCUCUCCGCAUCUCUUCUUGGAGUGAUGGGAUUGCGUUUCAAGAAGUCGGGGAAGAUCUUUCCAACUGGUAUCGUCACAUUUGUUUCGCUAGUCAUGACUGGGGGCUAUAUGCAUGGAAUUCUUCACGGUCUACACUGAUCCGACGAGGCUGUGCGCCUUUUUCUUCGGCCUUUCGACUCAAAAUGCAGCAGCGAGGAUUCUGUAUUGUUGAAUGGAACUCUGCCCUUUUUGUCAUGUAAAACUCAGUAUUGCUUAAUUAGAGUAAUAAUUGAGCUGUAUUAACUGAAUCAUUUCUCCGUUUCAAUUUUUCAAUUUAAAUCACAUGAGAAUCCAUUUGACUGAAAA